UCGGUUUCUUUGUGAAGCAUACCAAGAAAUCGACAGCAAAGAAAGCUGUCAGUUGAGAAGUGAUAGGAUAAGAAGGAAAAACCAAUUGAAAGAAGCAAAUAUUGCGUGCUGUUUCCCAACUUUUGUCCGAGUUUGUGGCGAAUGUGAAUUUAUUCGUCGAAAUUUAUCGGGUUCAGUGUGUGCAUAAGCGAGCGCGUUUAAGUUUACGUACACCGAAGCAACAUCAAAAAGAAUAAGCAAAAAUAAGAAAUAUACUACGAAGUGUGACAGUGGAAAAAGGUGUAUUUCUUGUACGGUUCGCGUUUUUCUAUCGCAGUUUUUUGCAACUGGAGUUUUAUUUAUUUAAAUUUCUUCCUCGUUAUAUUUUUAUUUCAAUUCAUGUGGGUUUUCUCUAGUGUAGUGUGAAGUGCCCUAAAAAUUCAUUUGUGUAGUUUUUUAUUGCCUGACCUGGCCACAACGGAGAAAGAGAGAAAAGGAAUAAGUGUAUGGAGAGUCCGAACGUCGGAAAAUAAAUUUGAAACAAACAAAAACACUGGAAGCUCACAGUGCACGUAGUGUGCUGUUCCGGUGAACGAACGGUACGACGGUGGGGGCGGCUUUGUUACCAAUAAAGGCCACCUCAGUAACCUGCGACUGCGGAGUACAGCAAAUUUCCAGGAGGGAGCGUCCAGAAGCCAAUGUUUAAAUGGACGCAACAUCCAUCAUUACGCAGGUUUCGCGCGAUGACGAGCAGCAACUUAACAGCAGCUACCCAGGCGAAAAAGCAAACAAUGUAGAUAGGCUAAAACCACCCAAACGGGGCUUCUUCGAAACGAUCUUCUGCUGUUGGCGGAACGCACGGACGAAAAGCAACCAGAAUGGUACCCCAAUCGACGGUUCGAUCACGCCCCCGCCGAUCCAGGGCCAGCCACGAUACUUGCUACCACAGAUCCGACACGCCGAUAUGCACAAAAAGUGCAUGGUGAUAGACUUAGACGAAACGUUAGUGCAUAGCAGUUUUAAGCCAAUUCCAAACGCGGAUUUCAUAGUGCCAGUAGAGAUCGACGGAACCGUGCAUCAGGUGUACGUCCUGAAGCGACCGCACGUCGAUGAGUUCCUGAAAAAGAUGGGCGAGCUGUACGAGUGUGUGCUGUUUACGGCGUCGCUGGCCAAGUACGCCGAUCCGGUGGCGGACCUGUUGGAUCAGUGGAACGUGUUUCGGGCGCGAUUAUUUCGUGAAUCGUGUGUCUAUCACAUGGGCAACUAUGUGAAGGAUCUGAACAAACUAGGGAGAGAUUUACAAAAGAUAGUUAUUGUUGACAAUUCACCUGCUAGUUAUAUUUUCCAUCCGGACAAUGCUGUGCCAGUGAAAUCGUGGUUCGACGAUGCUAGUGAUUCGGAACUGUUAGAUCUAAUACCGCUGUUCGAGAAGCUAAGCAAAGUGGACUCUGUAUAUACUGUAUUAUGCAACUCCAGCUCACAGCUACAGUCGUUGUCGCAGCAGCAUCUGCUCAGCCAGCAACAGUCCCCCCAGAAUCAGCUGAGCUCAACCGAUGUUAACAACACGUAACAUUGGCAACACAUGUUUAUCAACAUUGUAUGAUUAAUUUAAACAGUUUUUAUCAGUUGUUUAAUUUUUCCUUUUUAAAUCGUUUUAAAUUAACUAGAGUUUAAUUAAAAAUCUAGCCUCGUAGUCACAAUGGGGUAGCAGCCCCAUUGCAACCUAAGGCAUGUAAGGGUUGUAACGAGGAAGAUGAAUUAUACACAAAACACACACACACCACAAUACUAAGAAAUUCACACACACAGUAUAGGCGAACAGCGAUAAUUCGAAUCGGAAAACUAAUUUAUGUACACGCAGAUAGUUGUAUAUUACUUUGAGGUAAACAAAAUAUUUGUUAUUUAUACUAAAACAAACAAGAGUCACGACUUUAAUAUAUAUGCAUGUGAAUCAAAUUACGCUUUCAAUUAGGUACAGUUUUACGGUGUUUUACUCCUUGCUGUCUCUCGUGUAAUUAUUAUCGAACACAUAAACAGGAACGCCUACUCCGUUAGUUUCAAUCUGAUAUGUUGGUGAAACCUAGGUACAAGAUCGACUGACAUUACACUAUCUUGCAUUGUAGACAAAUCAAGGAAUCAAGUGUGUCUGUUUAACGUGUCUAGGGAACGGAUAGAGUUAGGAUAUAGCGAGUCAAUGUAUAUCAUCGUACAUAUCACCACAACUUACCCAAGCAUAAUCAAGGUGGCGAAACGAUCAAAUCGGUUGUAGAAAGUUUGAUUGCAAUGCGAGAUGGUGUUGUCGGUGGGAUUCGCUGAAAGUAGCCUUGGGCUGGAUGUGAAUAAAAUCGUUUUUAACCGAAAUAGGGUCACAAUGGAGUCACAAUCAGCAUAUUUAGGUGAAAAGAUGUAAACCACGAUUCCUUUCGUCGGCGCGAUUUUCGCCUUCUUUGGCCAACCAGAAACAGGCUAAAGUAGAAACAAUAAGAGACACGCUAAAAUAGAAUCUGAUUAGUAGCAUCAACUUUCUUCAUAUAUGGCCUAUGUUAAGUCAAACAGGUUUAAGCGUAUUUUUCUGAAACAAGAACGCUGUUUAAUCAAAAACAGUUCUAGAGAAAAAUAAAUAAACAUACUUAAUUUUUGGGAAUUUGCCAAAUAUGGCAACACUAAUUGUUAAUGGUAAAAUAUCAAAAAGUGCAUUGUAUAACAUGACCAAAUAUCACAGAAAAAUAUUGACGCUCAGUUCUGUUUGGCUUAACGGAAGUCAUAUAAAGUAUACGGUGGACUGCUCUGCUUACGAGACGGCUCUGUUCAGAUGCAAAGUAUAAGAAAACUACUUCAGAAAGGAAUGGUCCAAGUCUACCAAAAGAAGUUGUCAGUUCAACCCAUAUCAGUAAACAAUCAUUUGUUGUGUUUCUUUUCCUAUAACGAAAGGCGGUGUUGAGCGUAGAAGGAGAGAGCCACUGCACGCUUCAGAGAAAGAAUAGGAAUUUCUUGUCAAAACAUGCUAAUUCUUCUUGGCAACCCAACUUUACCGUACUACGUUUACGUUAAAACGCUUAUUUUGGCAAUAAUCGUUCCGCGCUAAAACAACUUGACCUGUGUCAAUCUACUCCAUUGGGUCUUUGGUCCUACGGUAACAGACCAUGUUUCGGUCCAGCGUAAGCGACUAUUGUCAAAAUAGAGACUGCAAUUACGAACAAGCACAUAUUCGUCAAACGUGAAAGCUGAAUGGAAUAUUUAUGCAGAGAAAUACGAUACAACAAAAAAAACCUUUCCCGUGAAAAAUUUAUUUGCGGAAAAGCUUCUAUUUCCACACUUAAUCUUGUUCUACCGAAUCCCAGCUUUUUUCGCUACUUUUACCGAGUUUUGCACAGCCGAGCACUCAGCUAACAAAACUUUUAUUGAGAUCUCAGUAGAAGUGACGUUUGUUUUGAAUACACUUGGUAAAUAUAUCGCUAAAAAUCAGUAAAUUAACGCUACUUUGCUGAGCUAUCAGUUGAAAAUUUUUACUGACUGUUUAGCUGUGCGGAAAUUACCGAACUGAAUUGAGUGUGUAUUUAUGGAUUUAUUUUGCAUAUUUGGUUUUACAGCAACUGAACGUAACUUCACAAGUGAGCCGGAUGUAACUUAUGUGGUUUUCGUUUGAGGCGAAACUGAGUCAGUUCCUAACCCCAACUGCUGUCAAAAUGUAUGAACUGACAGCGGUUGGGGUUAGAACCUGACUCAGUUUCAGGUUCAAGCGAAAUCGCCAUUAGUGGCACAUAUGCAAAACAGUGCUGCCGAAACAAAUAUUUGCAGUCUCACCAUUCAAGAUUUGGUGAAAAAAAUUCACCAUUCUUGCUACUUAGAAUUUUUUUAAAAUCAAGUGUCAACGAACUUCGAAGAAGUAUAAUUUUAAUAGUUGAAAAAACAAAAAUAGGGUGAUUGAAAAAACGGUUAGGAUGGGAACGACAUUCAUUUAGGCAAUUUACAAGUGAAACGAAUGAUUGUAUACAACUGCGCAACUAUGCGACUAUCAUGAAAAUGUUUGUUGAAAGCAUGUUCUGAUAAGGAUUAAUUCAUUCUCCAGCAGAAAUACCAACAGAAGAAUGACGUAGGUGGAAUCUUUAAAAGCUGUACACUAGUCGAACCUCACGAGUAUAUAAGGAAUUGAACAAAACAACUAAAUCGAUCUACCAUUUAUGUAGGUAGCUAUAUAGCAAAAACUCUUCUGUGUUUCCACAUCGCAGCAAAUUGAAUCAAGAAAACAUCUCAAUCAAAACAACCGUGUUGAUUACUACUACUUGAGUAGGAAUGCGCGAAUUACUCUUUCACCAAACUACUAUCACUACCUCUAUUGUAGAAAAGGGACACAUUCUGCGCGAUCUUCUCGAACGAAAAAAAUUUCAAAUAGGUUCAAAUUCCAGCAGGUAAUCGAACACCUGAGGUAAAAGGGGUUUUUAUCGAUAACGUUACACCAAACCACAGUUAGUCAAUGUUUCCCGGUCAAUGGAAAAAAAACGUAAAAAAUUCGAUAGUGUUUAGUACCGAAAAUUUUAUGUUGUAAUCAGGAAGCACAUGCUGUUGCAUUUAAUCGAGGGAUUAAAAUCGUUUGAAAGUCAAAUAACUAUUCGUAAUAAGAGCAGGUUUUGAUACAACACGUAUGUCGAUAACAAGAAACUCAGCAAAAGGAAGGCAUUUGUGAAAGUGCAAAGGCAAAAAAAACAAUAACAUUGUACUGUGAGAAAGACUUUGGAAAAUUACAUAACCUACAACAAAAGCACUGUAAAAAUAAAAAAAAGCGAGAGAACGACAAAGGGGAACACUACGUAAAAUUCCAACAUAAUUUUUGUACUUGUGAGUAAAUAAAUAUGUACCCGCCAGGAAUUGCGCUCGCAGAAAUAUUGGUUGCAUCAGCGAAGCAAGCACCCGCAGUUGGUAACUUGCACCGAACGGGGGGCAAAACCAAUGCUAUGAAAUAAAAAAGUAUAUAUUUUUAUAUACCGCCGUAUAAAAAUUCAAAACUAGCAAAGGAAAUGAAAAUAAUAAAUCAUAAAACUAAUACAAUACUUGAUAAGCUAAAUUAUACAAAACACACAUCUUGUGUAUUUUACUACAUACAAUAAAAAAAACAAAUUGUAAUAUUUGUACCAUAAUAGAAGGAAGCAAACAACACUGCAAACAAAAUUGUAAUACAAGCGCGGAACGUUAGGGUGUCACUUAUUUGAACACGGUGGCCUUGUGUUGGUUUUCUACAUAGAUAGUAUAAGUUUGUGGCAAAAUUCCCGAACAUUUGUUUCGGGAGGGGCGGUCAAUAAUCAACGUAAAAAUAGAUAAACGGAUUUUGUCAAUUCGUUGUGAUAUGGUCUUUUAAAAUCCCCUUUAUUUCUGAACAAAUUAGAUUCACUAAUGGUGAUUUGAGAUGCUAACUUAUCAUUUUCAAUGUAUAAUCAAGGUUUACUUUGGAUAACCAAGGACAGUCGACUGGUCGAAGUUUUCAGCGCUAUUAUGAGCAAGCUUCCAUGAUGUAAUGGAAGACCGUCAACACCAGGGGUGUCAGCCUUCCAGACCAGUACUGCGAUUUCACCAUCACUAUCUGCUCGUCCGUGUACUCGAGGGACCAAGUCUUCUUCCGACUGAUGAUGUCCUCCAUCUUGAGGGCUUGGUGAAACAAGGCAUGGGAGCAGUGAUAUUUUCAACCGGCGUCACGCAAACUCAUUCCGUUCUUGUGGUCGAACAGCUUUUUCAACGCUUCCUUCUUCUUCUUUGUCAUUAUCUUCGCCGGACGGCCGCUACCUGCCUUCCGCUCCACGCUUAGGGAUACCAGGUCCGGUAAGCUGUACUCACGGGCACGUUUUCGUCUCGAAAGUGGUUUAACGUAAACAUUUUUCCACGAUGCGUUUCGUAAAACCGUACAACACGCUCGCAGAGUGCUUACGGCCAAUUUCUUCACUGGAUGAAAACCGGUUUUCGCUGAAAACCAAUUUUCGGAUAGCUGGGAAGCAAUUAGUCGAAAGCCGGUUUUCAGCGAAAACUGGUUUUCAUCCAAGUGAAGAAAUUGGCCGUUACUGUUUCGACGCCAUCUUCGAUUGAACAAUUCUCUUGAAGAGAAAAAAAUUACGCCCUUUACUUUAAUUACAGAAAGGUAUUGAUAUCUUUCUCAUUUUAAUUGAAUAAUAUUUGUUAAGGAUUACACAACUUAAUGCUUAUUUGAAAAAUCGGUCUAUUGGCUCUCAAACGUGAAACUUAUCUGCUCGAUGCGCCAACUAGAUUUCAUUAUUGGUACCAAUCAAAUGAUAACGAAAGUAUUUCCUGCGUUGAAGAUAUACGGGAGGGUUGUUCUAUUUCAAUUAUUUUAGGAUGAUUUGAAUUACAGUUGAUAAGAACACAGUUAUUUUCGUCCACUAUCGUGUUUUCUAUCCAGAUUUCCAUGCAUUUCAUUUCAGUAUACACUGAAAUCGUAAGAACGAAUUGCUAGUGAUGUAAUAAGACCUUUAUAUUUGUCAGAGGUAGAAAACAUAUUUUCUUCAUUAAAGCUACUUUGCAUUAGAAGAAAUAACAAAUAAUUGAAAUAUUGGUGAAUAUUCUCCGUGAAUCGCGAUGACUUUUCUAUUCACCACUCCGCGCCGAUUUCAUCCAUCGACGCGAUUACAUUUGUUGUGAACAAAAAAUGCCAACCGCGAAAACAUUUCUCCUUGAAAUAUAUUAAAACUGGAUUUGGUGCCACGAUCUUUGGCGAACGCCCCGACAGCAUUCUCGAUGUUGUGAUAACCAUCACCAGAAAAUGCGGAUCCAACGUGUAGUUAUUUGACAUGACGCCAUUUGAACGCUUUGAUUGCUCGGAAUUUAUUACAAUCACCUGAGGUCGUGUAUGAUCCAUGAAUUCAUGAUUCAUGAAUCCCUUCCUUCUUGAAUUCAUGAUUCAUGAAUCCCUUCCUUCUUGAUAUGUCGAAAUAUUCUAAGUUAUGCCGUCGCAGUACAAUGACAUACGUCGGAUUUGAGAAUUAAGUUGGACAAGCCUUCCAAAAUAUUCAGUUACCCAAGGGUUAUUUCUUCUUAAGAUAUCGCAUCGGAGGAGCAAUCUAUAAGAGUGAUCCCAGAAUCCAUUUUACUGGAUGCAAGCCAAGACAAUACCCAUGCAACCAAAAGUUUGUUUAAGAAAGCUGCAUAAGCUUCUCAUUUUAAGUAAUUUUCCGAUACGUUUCGUGUUUUAAUAACGGCUUAAGCAGCUUUCAAGUUCCAUUAAAACUUUGCUAAGCACUGUAUAUGAACACUCUUCCUUAUCCUGAUCGAAGAGAGCAAGUGCUUGUCGCGGUCGGUGGCGUAGUUCUCUUUAGCGUAACUGUCUAAAGCGUCUCUGGAGAGAAAACAUUAGUUUAUCCUAGCGCUGUUUGUAUGCGGGGCAUAUCCAAAAACUCAUGUAAACUAUCGUUACAGUAUUGAAACUUUGGAGAAUUCUUACUGCAAUCAUCCUGAUGAUUCUGGCCCGAUAGCUUGCGUUACCCACGGAACAAAAAGGCGAACAGACAGAUGAUUCUUAUCUAAGAGGACAUAAUUUGGCAAAGUAGACGGUCGUCGAAAGUCGCCCUACACGAGUUCGGAUGAACAUAAGUUCUUCUGCCAUCCUGAUAAACUGAUCCUAAAUGCCAUCGUUCCAAAACCUGUAUUGACUGUAGCAUUGAGUCUUUGAAAUGAUCAACCCAGUAGGUAGAGCAAAUCCAUGCACGUCAAACUUAAAUCGGUGACUACGCCAUUGUUCUCAACUUUGUAUGCAGGUACGUAGGCACGGUAUUCUUUCGUAAGAAUCUCCGGUUGUGUAAUUCGUUUGAUUGUAUUUUUUAAGACAAUUUAAAAAAAAAACUUUUUGAACAACUUAGUGGAAUGUCACCAGUAACCUUCCUAAGACAAAUGUUUUCUAUUUAAUUCCACUAUGUAAAUAAUACUUACCAAAAUGCGAUAUAUGAUGAAACACUGUCAUUUUAUGCUAACAAGUAUGGUUGGAAGUAUUUAGUAUAACUCUUUCAGUACUGGUUGGUUUCCUAUAGAUUUCUAAAAUCUGUGAUUUUCGCUCUCUAAAUUACAAGGAUAUCCAAAAAGGAUAAUGCGUUAUCUCUUUCUACUUCUUGUGUGAACUUAAUAUUAUUAUAAAUGUUUCUAAUGUCUUCCAACAUCUUUGUUAAAUCUUUUCUUUCGAUAAUGCAAAAGAUAUUGCGUUACUUUGCUCUUCCAUUGACUAAUGCUAGUUUGUUGAAGUAGCCAAUGCUCUAAAGGUUAAUUGAAUCUUUUACGAGGACACUUGGGAAUAAGGUGGUUACACCAAAAGAUGGGUUGAGGCACAUGCUGCUGAAGUUAUUUCUCUGGUUAAGCCAUUUGAUACUUGGUAUCGAAACUUACGGUCGAGUUAGAUAUCCCACAGAAUGGGUUCGUAAGUAUCUUCGAAAAUGUUUUGAAUUGGUUUCAAACUCUGUGUGAAAUAUUCUCAAUUUUUCUAGCUGCGGAACACAUGCAUCAAGGUUCAUUCCUUUCCAGAAAGAGAUUGGAGUUUUAAUCGAUUCCUGAAUAAACUUUAAAUUUCUCUAAGCAUGGUCUCGCACAAGCAAUUAAAAAAAUAAAGAAGCCUCAGAAAAACCGCUGAAAUUGUCUAAAAAUUUGCCACAUUCCUAUAAGAAAUUAGAAUCCAUACACGAAGGCCGUUAGAGUGAUUGAUUGCAAAACGGAAAUGACGAGCGGCACCCUAGCAAAACCGCGAACGCAUGCCAGAGUGAACAAGUGAACAAUCGAUUUUGUAUGUAUCUUUGUAGUACGAAAAUAACGCGACUCGAGCAUGAUGUGUACUGAGCAAGAGCAAAACAAAAUGAAAUCAUUAGUAAUAAAGUCAUGGAACAAAUUUUCAUAAAAAAAAGAAAACGAAAAUACCUGUCCCAAGUGUACUUUAUUUACGACGCGGUUUUUGUGUGACGCGAGUGUGUGAAUGACGCAAUUAAUGACUGAAUGUAAGUGUGAGCGAGAAAGCUACUUUUGUGUGCAACAAAAAUUGAAACAAUAGAAAGCAAUCACAGUAAUAACGGACGGAAGCCGUUAUUUUUAUUUGUUUAUUAGUUCUUAGUUCUCUUUAUUGUCAAAUUAUUCUUAGUCAUACUUUUUAGUUCAACUAUCCAUUGGAAGUGAAAAAGUAUUUCAAAUCAAAGGCGAGAAUUCGAUUUGCACAAAGUGUAUUUUCAACAUAUUGCGUCUAAGAGAAAAAAAAAUUAAGCAUCAGAAUUUGCUACCAAAAAGAAAAAUUCUACGUACAUAAAAGAAGUAAAAAAACGAACAUAACGAAACGCGGAAACUUUACAGUACUUUUCGAUUCUAGUUUUACUCCUAAUCUUUUAUUUAAAACGAAAGAGAAAGUAACACCUUAGAAAAGUUUAUUUUUAACACAUUUAAUAAAUUAUGUUAAGUAGUCAAAGCAUGGACGAAACGAUCGGAACGAGUCCCCGUUUCCGCACACUAGUGUAUAACGAGCGAGUCCAGGAGAAAGAAAACACACAGGAGGUGUUUUUGUUGUUUGGUAACACAUUCUGAAUUGUUUUCCGCCAUGUAAUUAUUGCUUAACAUUUUUAAUUUACCGACAGUUUAUGUGUGUUUCAGAUUUGUUGUCUUUCUUUUUUUUGUGUAGAAACCGAGUAAGCCAGAGUAAGAGGAGGCUUAGAAAAUUUUUUUCUUCUGUUGAUUGUUUGGAAAUUAUAGAAUCAAUGAUAAGCAAUUGUGCGUGCAGAAAUUAGAACAGAAAUGCAGAGAAUCAAACAUUAUUUUUAUUUAAGCAUUUAUGUAUUUAAGCACAACUGAAAAUGAGAAAAAUGAGUUAUAAUAUAUUUCAUUUAAAUAGUG